AUGCUAAGCACAAGUGCCCUACUCCUCUUCUUGUUCCUCAUCUCUGUGACUAUCCUUGUAUCAUCUCUUAGCCACAAAACUGGAGCGAAAUCGAAGAAGAAGCGCCCCCCUGGCCCAUGGGCCCUCCCCUUCAUCGGAAGCAUCCACCACCUGCUCACCUCACAGCCGCAGGCCACUCUCCGCGACCUCGCCGAGAAAUAUGGCCCGGUGAUGUACCUCCGGCUGGGGCAGACGGACACAGUGGUGGUCUCCUCGCCGGAGGUCGCGCAGGUGGUGCUCCGGGACCAGGACAUCAACUUCGCGUCGCGCCCGCACCUGCUCUCCGUGGAGAUAAUCGGCUAUGGAGGCCACGACUUUGCCUUCGCUCCUUACGGGGCCUACUGGAGGAAGCUGCGCAAGCUGUGCACGAUGGAGCUCCUCAGCACGCGCAAGGUGAAGCAGCUCGCGCCCAUCAGGGACAGCGAGACCAUGUCCCUCGUCAGGGAGAUCCGCCGUUCAUGCGGCGCCGGCGAGCCAUUCAACCUCGGCAGCCUGCUGGUGUCGUGUUCUAACUCCAUCACUGGGCUGGCGACCUUCGGCGAUCGCUUCAGCAGCGAGCACAAGGAGAAAUUCCUGUCAGUGAUGGCCGUCGUACUGAGCGACUGCUCGGGUUUCUGCGUCUCCGACCUCUUCCCGUCCUUGUGGUUCUUGGACGUCGCCACAGGGAUGCGACGCCGGCUGCAGAUGGCGCAUGAGCAGCUCGACCAGGUGUUGGGCCAGAUCAUUGACGCAUGCGAGGCGAGGCGGAAGGUAAAGAAUGCUGAGGACGGAGAUGACAUUCUGAGCAUCAUGCUUAGAAUCAAAGAUGAAGAGGAGUUCGAGUUCCCGUUCAACAUUACACACAUCAAAGCAGUCAUUACUGAUUUAUUCAUAGGAGGCACCGAGACAACUUCAUCUACGGCCGAGUGGGUCAUGUCUGAACUCAUGAGGAACCCGGAAGCAAUGGCAAAGGCGCAAGCAGAGGUGCGGGAAGCACUCAACAACAAGAAUCCAGGCGACCAGGAGUCGCUCCUGGGCGGCCUGAACUACACCGGCAUGGUGAUCAAGGAGACACUGAGGCUGCACCCAUCCAUACCGCUGCUGCUCCCCCGCCUCUGCCGCGAAACCUGCAACGUCGCUGGGUUCGAGGUGUCCAAAGAUACCAGAGUGAUAAUCAACGCGUGGGCUAUGGCCAGAAGCCCCAAGCAUUGGGAUGACCCUGAGGAGUUCAAGCCUGAGAGGUUCCUAGCAACUGCAGCGGAUUACAAGGGAACGCAGCUUGAGUACUUGCCAUUCGGUGGUGGGAGGAGGAUGUGUCCUGGCAUGGGCUUCGGACUGGCGACCCUAGAGCUUAUUGUGGUGCGGCUCCUGUACUACUUUGAUUGGAGCCUUCCGGCUGGAUUCCGGUCUGAGGAGCUUGACAUGGACACCACAGUUGGAGCAACAGCAAGGAGAACAAACCAGCUGCGGCUUGUGGCAACGCCUUACGAGCAUGCUAUGGAAAUUUGA